CCGACUCAGGAUGCGAGCGGAGCGCGGAGGAGAGCGGGAGAGACAGGGGGACAGCGCCGAUGGAAAAGUGUCCAGGGCUCGGGUAACAGCACCACGGCAGACCGGGCCGCUUCCGCUCGUCCUGGGCCACUGCAGGAUGACAGCUUGACCGAAAGGGGCACUUUGAGAUAUGAUGAGGUUUAUUUCUGGCCGGCAAUAGUACUAUGAUUUGGUAUGUGGCCACUUUGAUAGCAAGUGUAUUCAGCACCCGAGGAACGGCCGCUCAAGGUGCCCACGGAGUGCGAGAGGAGCCCCAGUUUGUGACGGCACGUGCAGGAGAGAACGUCAUCCUGGGAUGCGACGUGUCCCACCCCCUGAACGGCCAGCCCUAUGUGGUGGAGUGGUUCAAGUAUGGAAUGCCCAUCCCCUUCUUCAUCAAUUUUCGCUUCUACCCUCCUCACGUGGACCCAGAGUAUGCUGGCCGUGCCACACUGCACGGCAAGUCCUCCCUGCGGAUAGAGAAUGUGCGUUCAGACGACCAGGGCUGGUACGAGUGUAAGGUGCUGAUGCUGGAACAGCAGUAUGACACCUUCCACAACGGCAGCUGGGUGCAUCUAACCGUCAAUGCACCCCCCACAUUCACAGAUACGCCACCUCAGUACGUAGAAGCCAAGGAGACCGGGAGCAUCACUUUGACCUGCACGGCCUUUGGCAACCCCAAGCCCUCAGUCGGCUGGCUGCGGGAGGGCACUCUCUUGGUCAGCAGUGCCAAGUAUAAGGUGUCUGAUGGGAGUUUGACGGUGCUAUCCAUCACUCGGGAGGAUCGAGGAGCCUACACAUGUCGAGCGUUCAGUCCCCAGGGAGAGGCCAUUCACACCACACGGCUACUAGUCCAAGGCCCUCCGUUCAUUGUGUCACCGCCAGAGAACAUCACAGUGAAUAUCUCGCAGGAUGCCUUCUUCACCUGCAUGGCGGAAGCCUACCCCCGCAACCUGACCUACACGUGGUUCUGGGAGGAGGACAACGUCUUCUUCAAGAAUGACUUAAAACGCAGAGUCAGUAUUCUCAUCGACGGCUCCCUCAUCAUCGCCCAAGUCAAGCCAGAGGAUAAUGGGAAAUACACCUGUGCACCUAGCAACAGCCUGGGCCGACCACCGACUGCCUCUGCUUACUUAACAGUGCAAUAUCCUGCCCGCGUGGCAAACAUGCCAUCCGUCAUCUACGUGGCCAUUGGUUUGCCAGGCUUCAUCCGCUGUCCUGUAGAUGCCAACCCCCCUGUAACUCUAGUUAAGUGGAAGAAAGAUAGCCUCCCUCUCCGGAUAGAUAAGUACCCUGGUUGGAGCCAAAUGGAGGAUGGUAGCAUCCGCGUGGCAGAGGUGACAGAGGACUCUCUCGGCACCUAUACCUGCAUGCCUUACAAUGCCCUGGGAUCCAUGGGAUGGUCCCCUCCUGCUCCCCUGGUGCUAAAGGACCCUCCCAAAUUCUCAGUGGUUCCUGGAGGGGAGUACAGGCAGGAGGCUGGGAGAGAGCUGGGUAUCCCCUGUGAGGCAGAGGGAGACCCCUUUCCCAACAUCACAUGGCGGAAGGUAGGGAAGCCCAGCAAAAGCAAGCACAAUGUUCUGCCCCGUGGCAGCUUACAGUUCAAGUCACUCACAAAGGAGGACCACGGGGAGUGGGAGUGUGUCGCCACCAACGUUGCCACGAGCAUCACUGCCAGCACGCACGUCCAAGUCAUAGGCACAAGCCCCCAUGCCCCCACCAGAAUCCACGUGGUGGCAUCCUCCACCUGGGCCAACGUGUCCUGGGAGGCGGGCUAUGAUGGAGGUUUCCCACAGACAUUCUCAGUCUGGAUGAAGAGGGAGCAUUUAGGUCCACAUGACUGGCUUUCCAUACCCGUGCCUGGAGGCCACGACUGGAUGAUGGUGCCUGGUUUGGAGCCAGAGACAACAUACCAGUUCAGCGUCCUGGCCCAAAACAAGCUUGGUACAGGACCCUUCAGCGAGGUUGUCACUGUGAACACACUAGUAUUUCCUAUAAGUACCCCUGAACCAUUGGUGCUGCUUACCCCACCACGGUGCCUCACAGCCCGCACGCAGCAGGGAGUCCUGCUCACCUGGAUCCCCCCUGCCAAUCACACAGCACCUAUCCAGCAUUAUGUCAUGGACUUUCGCCUGGGGGAGAGGUGGGAGGUCUUGGACGACAGCAUUACUGCUGGGGAGACGGAGUUGCUUGCCCGAGACCUCAUCCAGGAGGCGUGGUAUGAGUUCCGUGUCAUGGCCGUCAUGGAUGACAUGAUCAGCGAGCCCAGUAAUGUAGUGGGAGUGUCCAGCACAGACUUCUUCCCUCCUCCAGAGAUGGUGGAGGAGCGUGGACUGGCACGGCCUGUGGUGGCGGGCAUUGUGGCCACCAUCUGUUUCCUAGCAGCAGCUGUCCUGUUCAGUACAAUGGCCGCCUGCUUCGUCAACAAACAGCGCCGGCGGAAGCUCAAGAGGAAAAGAGACCCUCCUCUGUCCAUAACCCAUUGCAGAAAAAGUCUGGAAAUUCCGAGUCCAAUUAGCUUCAUUCCCAGCAUUGAGCCCUACUGGGAGGGGCUGGACGCAAGCAGGUACAGGCCACAACCUUCCAGUCCUCAGUCAUCUUCAGGAAAGGUGAGCCCUGAGAGCAUGCACUCUAAGGCAUCUCUGUCAGAAUCAUCUGAGGAUAGUCAUGACCAGCGUGGGAAGAAACCACCCCCAAGUCCAGGGAAGAAGGAGGAAUUGUCUUUAUACAUGAAGACCAAAAGAGCAAUAACAAGCAAGAAGUACAGCAUGAAGCAUGAAGCUGAAGCAACAACACCCAUUGAACUCAUCAGUAGAGGCCCAGAUGGACGAUUCGUCAUUGAUCCCACUGAUGCAGAAAUGUCUGUUAAGCCCCGGCGAAUUGAGGGCUUCCCUUUUGUGGAGGAAUCAGACCUCUAUCCUGAAUUCCGACAGUCAGAUGAAGAGAAUGACGAUCCCAGGCCUCUGCCACCAGUUAUGGCCCCCCUUCGGCCACAUCAGAUUUCCCCCAUCUCCAGUCAGGAAUCCUAUCUGCAACCUCCAGCCUACAGCCCUCGUUUCCACAGGCCCUUCGAAGGUAUGACCAUCAUGGAGAGCAGUCGACUCCAGGCCACUGGGCAGAUCCGAGGCUCUCUCCACCACAGGGCUUUCUAUGGCUAUCUCGGCCCUCCUGGGGAUCAUGAGCCCCCACCACCUUUUUACAUGCCUGAUACCAGCCCUCUCAGCUCUGUCAUGUCCUCCCCUCCAUAUCUUGCUGAAGGUCCCUUUGGUCACCCAAUGAUUCCUGAAGAAAUUGGGGAGGGUGAUUUCUCACAAUAUGCUGUGUCUGGUUUCCCACUUCCUCUGACACUCACCUCUUCCUCUCGUUCACCGGAAAUUUGGCAGGGGCUGGAUUUCACCUUUGCAAGUCUGGAGGGACCCCAAUUCAUUUUCCCCCCUCAUCACCCUUUGCAACUCCGCCACGAUUCCCCAUACCCUCCUCCACCUCAUGUUCUUCCCCUUAGUGCUUUCCAGCCUUCCUCCCUCCCAAUGCCCACUUACCCAGCCGUCCUGCCACUGGAGGCCCCAAAGAGCCACUCAAGGAGGUCUCCCAGUAGGGCCAAGCCUCAUGGCUCCCCAGCCAAGCAUUUAGCUAUGCAAGAGGCACAUUUAGGGCAGCUAAGACACACAAGCCACGGUAUGGGUGUGCCAGUUUUGCCUUACACCGAUCCAAUGGCCCAUAUUAUCCCGAGCACAUUCAGUAGCCUGGACACACGAUGGUUUGAAACCACCCCUCGUUUUAGUCCCAGACAGGCUCGUAGGAUGGAUUCUGGCAUGCAUCAGGUGGUUCUCCAGCCCUCUCGACUCUCACCACUUACACAAAGCCCAUUUAGCUCUCAUGAGGGCUCCCCAGAGAUUGUAGUACGUCCCAGGCCACGUCCCAACAUUGUCCAACCUCCUAUACCCCCAGAGAUGUCUGAGAUUACCCUCCUCCCUCCUUCCACAGCCAGCUUCUCAAGGAGAUCUUCCCCUUCCUCUUCACCUGCCCAAGGCCAUGGUAGCAGGAGGGCAAGCCCCGGCUACCGUUCUCACAUGGCCUUUGCCACCUCUGCAACCAGCUACCCACCUUCCCAGUCCCCGUCACCCCCUAUGGAAAGCAGCAACAUGUUUGGGCAGAUGCCAUCUCAUAGGAGGACUGAGGAGGAGAUCCUUCCAUCUCAACCCUCUCCAUCCCAGUUGUCAGCUUCAGGAAGACGUCGAGGUGCACUGAGUGGCCUUUCGGGGUCUGAGAGGAUUGAUGCACUGAGAUACCAACGUAUUAAAAAGACUAAAAAGAUGACAAUGAACAACAAUAACUCCAAGAGCAGAAAAAAAGAAGGUGUCUCCACCUCUCAGACCCAGCAGGCCUACACCUCUCAGGUACUCCAGCCCGAAGAAGCUCUCUACCUCCGCAAGAAGAGGAAACGGCCCAUCUUCCAUGACCCAUACACUCGCUUUUCUGCUCUGCUGUACCGCCGCCCAACACGGGAGGACCAGAAGGCUAUUUUGGCUAGCAUGGACAACAUAGACCUAGACCAUGCCACUCUCCUCUGAAAGUCUUUAAGGACAAGGUCACAACCAUGCAAUACGCCCCCAUUCCAAAUUUACACUAGCUAAUGAUCAGUUGAAAAAACAAAAAAACCAACAUGAUCAAAAAGUCUUUGCAAUUUAUUAUAUAUAAGGGGGAAUAGCACAAAAUUUCCUUAUUCAGUAUAUUCUGACUCAGCCCUUGGUCAGUUCAGUCUGCAUGUGUAAGCAUUUUAACUAAUCUGUGAUGACUUCAAAUCAUAAAUCAGAUCAAGAAUUCCUUUCAAUGACCAAACGUUUAUUAAUUUUGAUCAAUGAUUUGCCAACAAAACUGCAGCAGUGGCCAAUUAAACUAACAUCACAGAUUUAAGUGCUUGUUCAAAGUCUGGAUUAUUUUUGACUGACUGGGAUGCAGAGGCACAAGAAUGUUCUGUGUGAGCUAAAUCAAGUGGUAUUCCUCUUUAAAAUGUGUUUAGACUAGCAAUUCUUAUCAAAAUGAUAGCUGCCAGUUUCCAAAGUUUUACUCCAGUGCAAAGGAUUAAUUCAAAAAGAGACAAUAUAAUAAUAUAAUAUUCUAUUUUCAUUUAAACAUUCAAACCUCCAGUGUUACAAUGUCUUAAUUUGAAAUACUUCUCCAGGCUCGGGUCAUGUUUCUUGUGCUGAGCCAAUCCCCUCAAGGUCUCUGUUUACAGCACCUCCCAACGGAUCUUCUCCGCCAGCAACGUCUCUUAUCUGCCGAGAAUUUCGCCUCAAACAAUCUGGGUUUUCUCACUUACCAAGUAUACCUCAAAGCACAGGACACGAGACCACACAACCACCAGGAUCAGCCAGCAGAACAAACUAGCUUUUUGCAUCUACAUAGUCCUUAUGGUUCUCUACUUGUGUUUCUUUGAGAAACGUUUUCUACUUUCCACUCAUGUGCGUCUUCUAGUUUCUUAGACAUACAUACAUGGCGUUUAUUUACUUUAUUUAUCUUGCAGAAGAAAAUUACAUUAACUCAUCUUUUCUGCAAUGUUAUAAAUGAUCAAGACGUGAAACAGAAAUACAACACUGAGCUGCUUUACCUUCCUACAGGAGGAAUUCUACUGAUUCUCACUAGCUGUAAACCUCUUACUGAAUAGAUGUCAUUCAGCAGUGAAUCACACACACUUUCUCCAGGAGCUUCCAUUUGCAUUUCACACACAGGCACAGUAGAAUUUGUAAUUAAAAAAAAUAUAUUUUUUAGCAAGAUUAUAUUACUAAGAAUAUAAAACAUAGAGAAAACUAUCUGAUUCAAUCUAAAGUUAUUCAGUUGCUCCAUUUAACCAGACUUCAGCUCCAUUUAUCUGACUUUAUCUCUUACAUCUCUGAACAGUUUGCACUGGAGCAAAAUCUUUCAAUAGUCGAGUCUGUUCUUUCACAUCUCCUUCUGUAGAUUUUCUACUUUAGGUCAUGUAGAGGCUCCAAAUCCUAUUCAGAAAUCUAUAAUUCAUGCCAAAAACAGUCUAAAGAAAAGAACUAAUCAUACUUAUUGGAAGAUAGGAUUUUGUGCCAUAGUAUAUGAUAUAUAGUAUUUUUUAAACAUAUUAGAUGGCAUAAAAACAAUUGUUUGGCCUUAAUCGAGCUUUUGGUUGGUUGACUGCUUCACUUGUGUCUAAGUUUUAUUGCUAUUACAUUUUUUUUAUUCGUGUGUUUGUACACAUUUGCCUUUUUGGCCAUUUUUUACUCAUAGCCUUUUAUAUUUUGUUUCUUGUGUGUACUUGACAUUUAACAUGGAAAUACUGAGAGUACAGCAUGUGGCACUGGAGGCAACCCAACGUUUUUGUUGCAGAUUUUCGGGAAAAAGCUGUUUUGUUUACUUGAUGCUUUAUUUUGAAAGAUUCCAGUGAUUGCCUGUACAACACACAUAGACAAUGUGGACUCUAACGGUCUAAAAACAAAUUCUAUCGGAUAAGUAGAGGAAUAGCCAGGAACUCUUCACAUUUCUCAUGCCGCAGCUCAGACAGUUUAAGAACUUAGUUUUACAACUGAUUAGAUAUGAGAGAGAAUUGUAACAAGUUCAGCUUGUGUUGCUGUCUUUUUCCCAAAGGGACUCGGUUUGUUCAGAGGGUAGAUCUUGCGUUAACAUGUGCGAGCCACUUAUAUGAUCGGAAAGCUGUGGUGAUGUGCACAUUUGAUUUAAUUAUUGGUUAAUUUGUGUAAUAUUUUUAUUUUUGAUUCUGAGCAUAUUCUGACACCUCCAACAUUAUUUCCACAGUGAAAGCUUGCAGAAGGUACAGUAUUAGGGUCUCAAACAUUCUGCCCUGAUAGUCUACCGCUCCUCUCAUAGUUUGAGUUUUAAAGUGCAGGACAAGUGAAGACGGGAUUUACUUUUUUUAAUAACAUUUCAUUUAAUAAAACAGACCUUAUCUGUUUAAAACUGAAACUUAAGUCCCCUGAGAGUAAUUUAUAAAUGUCUGGAGAAAAGUGUCCCGACAUGGCGACCCAACUACAGCGUCACAGAGGCAUUGGUGUUGCUGUCGUAGUUAAAAUAAACAACCAUUUUAUUAAAGAAGCUAGUGCCUUUAUUAAGGAUGGAAGAAUUAGUAAGUCUACUAGGUUGCAGCAUUUGCUGGCUAUAAUGGGGAAGUAUUGCAUCUGUGUCAUUAUAUAUUGUGGGAAUAACUCUUAAAUACAGUUAGUGUAACUAAAGUGAAGCCAGCGUCUCUGCUUCCAAAGAUAACAAAGUCAGCAUGAAUGAUUUCAGUGAGAAUAAAGGGGCAUGAAAAAGCACACGGAUCACAGGUGCAAACCCACCACCCAACCAACUGCAACCUUUUGCUAUUGAGAGCUUCUGCCCACCUCUGUCGAUGCCAUGGUGUUUGAAGGGCUGUGAACAAAAAGAUUGAGUUUGCCUGGAAAGAAGGAAAAGGAAUAACCGUGUAAAACCGUACAUACUGAAACAUAUCAGUGAAGCAGCCAUCUCAUCACAGUGGUGUCAGAGGCUCUUCGUGUGGCUUAAGGUGCAAAGCAAACAAGGAAUCAAUGCUAUAGUGAUGAGGGAUUCUUCCAUAAAUUACAAAUGCCACAUAUGUCAUUGCUGUAUUUGUAUUUUUUUAAUAUACAUAAAACAAAGAGAAGAGGCUGCACUACUGCCUCUAUAAAACUACGAGUUUAGAAGUCACUUGUUGGAGUUCAGGUUGGAUUGAAAAUCACACUGAAAGAGAAACAGGGAGCUUCUAAAGGCCUUCAUCAUGGUAUACCAAUAGCAAAGUAAAAAAAACUGCAGGCACUGAUGCAUUGAUGCAUAAUGUUCUUAAAUUAAAUUUGCCUUGUUGCUGUUUAAUAUCUACGUUUUUAGGAGCAUUUUUAAGUUAGAUGUAAGAAGAAGAGUUUCCUUUCAGAAGGUAUGUAGAUUGUUUUCCUGCAGACCUGUUGUUGGUGUAGCUGUGAGACCUUUUAGUGGAGUUCUGGAGGAAAUGAACAGAAUGACUGAUGGCACUGGGUUUGUUUUAUUUUUAAAGACAGGCUUUGUAAUUUCUAGACCUGCAUGACAGAAGGAACAGACGUCAUUUCAUACCACACUAAACGGUCAUUGAGAUCAAUUGCCAAUUAAUUUCCUAAUUAGAAUGAUAUUUGACUGAGGGACUUUGGCCCACUUGGGAUAUUUAUCGAUACUAGAAGAGCAUUUCUGUCACAUUCUUUUAAAUUAUGACUAUUCUUUCUGGCAGAGAUAUAAUGUUAGGGAAUGGACCAAUAUUAGAUUAGUAUCCUUUCAGUUCUGAAACUUAAAGAUUUUUAAUCAACAAUUUGAUAUCAAAUCAUAGCUUCUAAUGCCCAUACUGUACCAACAUAUUUCACCAAUACCUACUCUCAUGUUGUUGUUAAUUUUUCAAUAUAUCACAUUAAUUUUACUUGCAAAAUCACUAUUGAUGCACUUUGCCAGUUUAUCACAAAAUAUAUUGUUCAUGUUGAAAAUAUCCCACGUUUAAAAGAAACUAAAAUUGACAGAUUUUGAAUAAAUACCUAAUUUAUACAGAAAAUUAUUUAUUUAAAUAUAUAUAAUAAUUCAAUAUAUUAUAAAAUUAGAAAUUGCAUUUCUUAUUACAAUUGGUCAAUAAUGUGUAUGUAAUUAAAGAGAUUUCAGUUUGUAAAUUGUUUAUCUAGAUGCUGUAUUGAUUUAGUUCAAAAAGCUAACAAAUACAUAUAUAUAAUUAGAUUUUUCUUUCAAGGUCAGAUUUGAGGGGGGAAUUCUUCCUCACAGCACAAUGCUUUAGUGGAAACAAACAGGAUGAGCCUCUGCAUCACCUCCCAAAUGCUUUGGGAAAACCAACUGAACUAAAUCACUGAAAUGUACAUUUGUUUCAUCACGUUUCCACUGAAUGUUGAGAGAGUUCCAUGAAAUCAUCUGGACACCCAGUUAGAGAAUAUGCUAAAAUUUAAAAUUUCCAAGACAGCUCUUCAAAUCAGCGGUGUGGGGGAAACUGUAGCUGUGUGCGGCUGCGCACUUGUUUCCUCACUGUGGGCUUUACUGAGACUUGUGUGAGGUGAGGACAGUGUGAGCUGGAUGGGUGAGGCGAGGUCAGAUCGGCCUCAGCAAAGACGUACUGUAUACCUCUUAAUGUGCCACAGACAGAUGUCUCUGUACAUACUGUACCUAUCGUGUAUAUUGGAAGAUAUUAUUUGCAUGGUAUGAACAUUUGAAUGCCACUGACAAUGACAGUGAUGUAAUUACUCCCAGAUUUUAAAGCAAAGCCAGUUAAAAAGCUUGUCUCACCUGAAAGUCAAAGUAAGCAGUAAAAUAUUUUACUGUUUUUUUCAGAAGUGCACUAAAGAAAAAAUAAUCAGCAACCAAUUAAUCAGACCCAUCCACUGUACUCGUACUGUUGCUAAUAACGCUGCUACACACAAGCACAUUGUGCCAUUACAUCGGUGUGAGAGUGUAGAGGGAAACACCCAGGGUUGUCUCUAGAUGAUUAGGUAACUAGGUGCUAGUAGAUUCACUCUUCACUUCUGUGAUGUCUAUAAAUUGAUAUUUUUAUUGUACCUGUCAGGUCAACACUUGCUCACAAACAGUUGUCUGGAGUAAAAAGAAAUAUUUUCAAUUUUGAUGAUCUAUUUGUCAAAUUGUAGUCUCACUCGUGCUAAGUGCAGUACAUCGAUGUAACAUUAGAAAAUGAUGGAUUCUUGAAUAGUGAAAUAUCCCGUCUCAGAAUUAUGAUGGAUUAUAAACAGUUACUCAAUGAGAAUAACUCGUCAUAUUUACUGUAAUAACUUUGUCCCCUACACAUUCUAAAAGUGAUGAUUUAUAGUCUAUUGUACUGUACAAGACUGUCAAAUAGCUCAUAUUUAAAUAGUUUAUGGUGUCUAAAGAAGUUUCACUCAUUUAAAGAGAAUUUAUUUAAAUAUAAAACUCAGUACUGUAUCACACUUGGCACUGGAGCCGAGACGAACUGGCUGUGGUGUCUUUAGAUAUUUUAAGACGUGUUGACACUGAGACUUUUCAUCACAUUGUUGAAGAUAUCUACAUUUUUCACACUUUGAACCGGCUUUUUUAUCAUCACAUAGCGUGGAGAAUGUCUGGUGCUAACACCUUCUGCAAAAUCAAAAGGUUUUAGUUUCUUAAUUAAUGGCAAUGCACCUCUGUCCUGUAAGCUCGAAGUAUACUUAAACCUGCCAUUUAAUUCUGUUUACUUUAAAAAAUAAAGCAAUGUAUAUUGAGAAAAGUUUAGCCCAAAUUACUGGUGGUGUGGAGUUGAGUCAUAUUUUUGAGAUAAGUGAGAUGUGUGUAAAGAUAUAGACGUUUUGGUAUUUUAAUUCAUGGUUAGGCUGCUCACAAUAAUAUGCUGACAUUGAGGCCACAAACUGCAAGUUGAUACAAUUGCAUAGUGCAGUGAAAAACGUGAAAAAGCAGGAGACUAUGGAUAAAUUACACAAUCAUAUUUGAACCUGUCAGAAUUUAGAAGACUCCUUCAGUGCAGCUUCAUUGCCAAGAUCCUUUAAAAGAACAGAGGAAGGUGCAUCGUCUACGAACUAAAGGCUGAACUACAUGAGACACAAAAACCAGAGCUCAAUUUAGAAACGUCAUCUUUUACUGAGAACCACCGCAGAAGAACACAUUCAGGAAGAGACUUGAUUCUAAACCUGAGAGCAAGAUGGAGGAAAGUUGAGAUCGCGAAAUGACCAACUUUUGUCCAAACUGUGUAGAAAAACUUGAGUGUAGAAAAAGGCAUUACAUAUUUGAGAUUUUAAAAAAGUUUAGUAACACAGUGUAAAUGAUAUCUCAAAUAGGAAUACCUUGUCAUAUAUAUUUUUUGUAGAAGAAAAUAUGAUGCACAUCAUCUAUAUUGCAGAUUGAUUGGGAACUGAGUAGUGUAGGGUCUGCUUCAGUGACACAUUAUAACAUGGUGUAACAGACCAAUGUGUAUACUGUAUGUGUGAGUAACGGAAAUCUAUAAAUGCUAGAAAUUAGUUUAAUAAAUUAAUAAAUAUGGAGAAAGUAUAUAUAUAUAUAUAUAUAUAAACUACUUGUUUUCAAGAAUGUAUACGUCUAUAUUCUAUAAUUUUUUAUCCAUCUGUUGCUUUAUACUGUAGCAAUGCAGAAUCUUACAAAAAGUAGAGGAAUAUUACGUCUGUCUAAGUUUUUCAGCUGUGUAUAAAAGAAAAAGAGAAAGGCUGUCACUGUAUAUCUCACUGUCUAUUUCUCACAGACUCUCAGAGAAGGAGACAGCAAACUAGUUUUUAUAGCAACCUCCAUUUGGUGUGAAUAGCAAAUGUAAUCUUUUUUAAAUAUAUGUGGGCCAUCACCUGAUCACACUGAACAUUUGUUCUGUAGGAGACCUAUUUGAUUUGUUUGGGUCUGUCACCAGGCUGUCUUCUGCCGUCACACAUCCAUCUUUUUCAACAUGUUGUGGCAUGAAAGGAUGGUGAGAACCUGUUUUCCCCUACUAUGGUGCUCCCUUGCCAUGUGUAUCACAGAGAUAUAGAUAUAUAUUCAUCUGAUUUACAGACUGUGCAGAUAGAGAAGUUUGCAGUAAAUAUGUAACAGACACAGUGCUUCAUGAUGCUGCUUUGAACUGACACGAGGGGAUUCAAAUGUUUGCUUUUGGUUUGUUUUCGGUUAUAAACAGAAGCAUGUGCAAGUUAAUGCGAUGAGAGUUCUCCGGCCUUUGCACUUGUGAGUGGAGGUUGAGGAUUGCAGCAGCUGCUUAAAGUCACACCGAUUCAGUGCUGUACAUUGCCAAAAAUACAUACAUUCUGACAACUGGUGCUAUUUGAUAACAUAUGUGGUGCUUUAUUUCUUCAUUUCUUCAUUUUAGGUUGAUUGUUUCCUUGCUUCAGACAAAAUGUAGCUACACAAUCCUGUACUGUACUGUCGGCUGCUGUUUGCAGUGAGUCACCUGGUUCGGUCGUGUGCAACAGACAGUUUGCUCUUGACUGCUAUUGUUUCAGGGAAUACACAGAUCAGAUAGGACUUACAUUUUGAGUGGCAAAUUUUAAAGCAAGGAAAAUUACUCGGACGUUAAUUUGAAUAAACAUGUUUUAAUGAUUUUCUUGGGAUUGAGUUUACAGUUUUGAUUUUGGUUGAAAUUCACAGUGCUUCAAAGUCUAAUGUAUGUAUAUUGUGUUUGGUGCUGAGUGAUCCGAUAAACUCACCAUGACCUUUGAUGCGGUAUUCAUCACAGAAAUUUAAAUCCUUUAGUCUUUCUAUCAGGUCAAGUAAACAUAGUAACGCCCCCUGCAGGUUCCCUCGUGUUGUCGGGAGUGAAUAUCCACUUCCAAGUUGCUAGGAUCUCUGCAACCAAACUGCUCCAACACAAAUAUGAUGAUGCUUUGUUCGGCACCUGCAGUGUUACUAUGUUUGCAGACCUGAGAAGGCAUCUAGACAUUGUCUCAUGAAGAUGCUUGUUAAACAUAUUUGCUGCAGCCUCUAUACAUGGAAAUGUUGUACAAGCUACAUGAAGCUGAUUAUGUUAUUUAUGCUUUUUUUACAUCACAAAAUGCAAUACAAGUGGAAGAAGAACAAAGUGAACUCAUUGUCUCCUCUUAAUUGUUCAGUCUUCCUGAGAUGUGUAGAGCUUUUGAAUUUGAGUUACAGAUGUAAUUUUAAGGGUUCUUUGACGUUUUGACCUCCUGGUAAACACCUAGUCACAGGUGUAGACAACUCAGUACCUCAACAUGUCUUCAUGGACAUCUUUAGCCCAGAUGUGUAACUAUUAAGUUUUUUAAUGUUGACCAUCUCUGAGAAGUCAGUACUCAUGAUGCUUUCUAUAUUUGUUGGCACAAUCUCACACAAGAAUGUAUGGCUACUGUAAUUCCUGCUCACCCCCACUCUUCCUAAAAAUUGAGGCUUUUAAAGCAAGUAAAUUGAACUGUCAGUUUUUUGUAUUUCAGAUGUCUUGGUAUGCUUGUUGUAGUUGUAUAUUCAUAAUGGUGUAUAUUACAUCAGUUUUUAUUUAUUAAAAUGUUUAAAUUUU